UCAUUAUAUAUAUCACUAUCUGAACCUUUUAUUCAAAAUAUUUCUGUAUUUGGAUGUAUUCAUUUCUUUAGAUAAGAUUGAAGCAAACUAAACUUGAAUGUUAUCAUUGCCGGAUAUUGGGGACGAGUUACACAGCGGAAAUUUGAGUUUGUUCAUCACCUUAAUUGUACGAAUUGACUUUUAAACUUGUUUGUGAUAUUUUAAAUCUGAGGGUGGGUGACUGAUGACGUUUACCCUAAUGGAAGCAAGUUUUAUCAAGUGACAAGAAAUAGACAAUUCUCGGUUAUAGUUGAAGAUAAAGUGGAGGAAAUAUUAAUAUAUUAUCUGUGAUAAUGGCGGCAAAACGGAGAACUUUAUAUGUAAUAGUGUUAAUUUCAUUGAUGUUGGUGCUUGUUAACGUUUCGUCUCUACAAUACAAUGUUACUUCAUAUUUCUUUCAAUUCAGCCCUGCCAUAAAAACGGACUUUGAUCAAGUUGUAAACAACCAUUUGGAAGAUGAUUACAGUGAAAAUAUUAUAGAAUUAUCUGUAAGAUCGUCAGCCUUUAAAUCUGAUAAUCCUAAUGACAUACAAGAACCAUUAUCUAAAAUUAAACUUGAUAAAGAAAAGAAUAAUUCAUUACAGAACACGUCAGAUGGGUUAAUACCAUCAAGCAAUGGUGUUCAUGUUGAGAAAUCUCAAAAUAGUCUACAAUAUGGUGUGCAACAAAAUAAACAAAAAGUGGUACCAGCACCGGGUUCAAUAAGAACAAGCAGUUGUAACGGAUGUUUCCAACACAAUUUCAGUUAUAUCAUUAAUAAUGAGAACAUUUGUAAGACUGUGUCCAGAACUAAGACUGUAGACUUGAUUAUAAUGAUUCUUACAACCCAUCAAAAUUUAGACAGAAGAAAUGCAAUUCGGGAAACAUGGCUUAGCCUCUCCAAGAAAAAUACUGCAAACGUUCGUUAUGUGUUUCUUUUAGGAGAAAUUGGUGACAAGGCUCUCCGUUAUCGUGUUUUGAAAGAAAACGCAAUUUAUCAGGAUAUAAUUAAAGAGGACUUUUCAGAUUCGUAUACUAAUCUAACUUAUAAGACUGUCAUGGGUUAUAAAUGGGUAGUAAAUCAUUGCUCAGUUGCUAAAUAUGUAAUGAAGACAGAUGAUGACAUGUAUAUAAAUGUAUGGAAUAUACUCAGUUUAGUACACAGUAAAGGUGUUCUACUGGACAAUAAUUUAGCCGGUUCAUGUAGUACCGGAGCACCGAUUAGAAAUAGUAAAUCCAAAUGGUAUGCUUCUGUUAGCGAUUAUAAAGAGAAAAAAUAUCCAGGGUUUUGUUCUGGAACUGCAUACGUCACAAGUAUGCAUUUAGCUGCUAAGUUAUAUAACAUAACAGCAACAACACCAUUCUUUCAUUUAGAGGAUGUAUAUAUAGGAUUGUGUUUAUAUAAGAUUCGUGGAAAUAUCAUAAAUGUAAGUGGAUUUAAUCGUAGAAGAGUUUCUCUUGACCCUUGUAUAUAUAAAGGCACACAGAUGUACUCUUCCCAUCUGAUGGAUCCGAAAACGUUGCGUGAUAUAUGGACUCGUGAAUGUAGACGAACAAAUGUCACACAAAAUUAAAGAUUUAGUCUUUCAGGUUUUUAUACAAUUCAUUAGCAUUAUUUGAAACAAAUAAAAAUUAAUAAGUAAUUAUAGAAGAAAAAAGGUAAAGACAAAGUAUAAAUAUGCUUUGGAUUCUUCAUCAGAUUCUUCAUCAAACUUUAAAUGUUUUACGAAAAAGGUUUUAAAGCAAAGUAUGCAUUGGUUGACUUUUAUUAAUCAUAUCUUUAAUAGAUAUCAUUAUGUUUUAUCCCCCAUUCUAACAUUAAACUGGUGACCUUAUAAUUUCAACUAAAAUGUUGUAGACAAAUAUGACAUAUUGUGUAUUGCAUUGUCUUUUAAUGUAUUAAUAUAACGUGAAAAGUUAACCGUCAUUGAGGAUUGAUACGUCGUAACAUCCAAAAUUACAUCGGUCAUGUUGGUACAAUUGCAACCUUUCGGCCCUUUCCGUCAGUCUUCAAAUUAUGAAGAAUGGAUUUAACUCAAUACAGGAUUGGAGCAGUACCUCUAGACGCUUUGAAGAAUAGCCGAAGCCGAAGACGUUCCGAUUGACCAGUAGAGAAAUGUUGGUACAUUCUACAAGCACGGACAAGAUGAUAAGUUGCUCAUUAUCGUGCGAAUAGUCGUUAUUGAGAGUCACGUAGAUCUAGUUCGGAAGGGACUGUUUCAAAGUGAUGGGAAAAGUGAUGUUCACAUUACACGAAUGAUGGAGUUCUUAAGAUAACCUGUCAGGAGUUUUUAUGAUAACUGUCACGGAGUUCCUGGAAAACGUUACGGAUUUCGUCGGAAAUCUUUUUCAUAUACCGAAGAAACUCUUUUGAAAAAUGGAUAUAUUCAUUUUUAAAAAACGAGUUUGCAAUGCUAAAUUAAACUUUGAUGAUUAAGCGCGAGUUACAAAUAGUUUUUUAAUACCCUUCCAGAUUAUGUCCGCCUUUUUGAUUGGAUAUUGAUCACCCGAAAGAGAUUGAUAUUACCGAGCCAGACGGGUAAUAUACACACUAAAUUUCCCCGUUGGGUACCCCUAGUUCUAAAGAACAUGCGCUGUGGCGAUGCGCGUACAGUUUGAUUUUACGCGAUGUAAAUUUUGAUUUACAAGCACUUUUUAACUGUCAAAUGAUAAAUAUUUACCAAAAUAGAGUAAUCAUACAUAUUCUCAUCAGUAUUGAAAGUAAAAGCUUGAUAUUAAUUUAAAAAAGUGCGUUCAACAGACUACUCCUUUUCUAUUGUUUACAUUCGUUAGGUUCGAAAGAAAAUACGUCAUGUAUUUAUGUGACGUCAUGUAGUGGUGAAUGGGUACCCUAAGGGGAAUCUUAUUUCGACGUUUCAUUUGAAGUAGCAAUGAUUUGUUUUUAAAAUCGAACUAUCUCGGCAGGGGAAGGGUAAUAAAAUUAAUAUGAAAAAGGCAAAGCCUCAAAGCGAGCUCGAUGUACUUGUAUGAAAGCUCAUUUUUAUUUCAAAUGCAGUGACGAGUGCGUGUGACGUCACACGUACUGUGUUAAAUAUGGCUCCGCCCCUGUCGUGAAAUGAAUAACGAGUUUUGAAAACGUUGAUAAAACUUUGUUUAUUUUAUUUCAUUCUAUAAUUUUUCAAGCGAAAUAUAGAUUAUUUCAAGUGAAAUAAAUGUAAAACUUAACACGCUUGCGACAUUAAAAUAGUGUACUUGAUUUGUUUGUUUUGCACGUGCUGUUUGGCGCUACGUUGUGACGUCACGUAAACGAUACUUUAAACGUCUGUACAGCGUUAACGACUGAAUAAAAGAUAUUGGUGUUCGGAUUCAUUUUCUUAGUUAGACCAUUUUCUUACAUUCUAGAUAGUUUUCACAACAAAAUUUGACAAAAAAAAUGUUUUUAUUUAUCAGAUUUUUCAAACAAAAUGGCGCCUUCGAUUUUCAUUUUUUAUACACAGCUUACGUUAUUCUGGUUCCCUGUCCAAUUAUGGUUCCCAUAGACGCGCGCGGGUGACCAGUCUACACAUCCGUUUUCAGUCAGAAUUCCUCAGUUUUUAUCGUUAUCUUUAAAUUCGAAAGGUUGCGAUGUGUCAAAUUCGUAACUUUGGACGAAAGUUUUCAAAACCAUCACUUAGCAGGUACUCGCGUUACCGUAAAGCUCGCUUUGCGAGCAGGCCCUUCGGGCCAGCUCGUCGAGCUCGCUAUUAUUUUGGUUUUGGAGUGAUAUAUGUGGAUAUAUUACCUGCCAAGAUAAAAUAUCACCCGGGUGAUAUAAAAUCUUGACAGGUAAUGUAUCCACAUAUAUCACUCCAAAACCAAAAUUACAUAUAAUAAUUAUGUCAGGAUGAGCUUUGUAUUCCAUUUUCCAUCGCCUCUUGUUUAAAUAAGCACAAAAUUGGUUAUUCUAUAAUGUUGAUUUUGAGCGUAUUUUAGUUCAAAAGAUAUUUUUCAAAUAAAAACUAAUGCGAAUCCUUAUUUGACAUUAUUAAACUGAACGAAUGCACUACAUGUCGUGUUCGUCAUCUAUAGUUUUAUGUCUUAAGUUUCCUUUGAAUUGUAAACGCUGAAUUUACAGCAACUACGUUGUUCUUGUGAAGAUAGGAAUAUAUAGACAUUAUUUCUUCGAUUAAUAGACAUGAUAUCUAUAUUAUGAUGGCAACGUUAAGGUAGUUUGCGGUAGUUUGCGGUAGGUUGGUAUAUUAAUAAAAAUAAAUGCAAAAAUGUUUAAAAGCCUACAUUUUUUUCUCAGUUACAUAUGUUUUAAGAAACCGCCUUUCUUAAGCAGACAGUAUAUAGUUAGACUUCCAUCAAGUAGCGGCUAAGUAAUUUGUAAGUUUUAUACAUGUUGUACCAUAAUAAACAAGUAUAAAACCAGGAUAACCUUCACACCUAUGCACCCGACAUUAAUGAUCUUUUUAUACAUGAAAGAAAAUUCAACCGCGAUAGGCUCUUACUACCAAGUAAAUCAGGCAUGUGAUUUAUAAAUUUUAUUAACCGACUGUGUAGAUUAUUUUACGAUUUUAUAAUUAGACUGGACAUUUUGCUUGCUACUUAUACAUUUCUUGUAUGUAUAAAUUAGUACUUUAUCAAUUUUAAAGGUACAUAUACGUGUACUUGAAAAUGGCAAAUCAGUUUUCUAUACCUACAUAAACAAGAUUGCAUUUUCUAUCAAUAUCUGGAAAAAUAAAAUCAGCAAAUCUGCAAAAUUACAUGACAGUUGCAGACUCGGUUCGAUUGAGUCUGUACAUGAGAGUUAAUGAAAAUGUGCAACAUCCCUCACGCCCCUAGCACCGGUACUCAAUUUCCAACACUUAAGAUUCUACCAUAUAUGUAUCUGAUCAUGAUUUGAAUGUUGUAGAAAGUAAACUUCAACAAAAUUUAAAUACGAUAGAUCGAUGGUGCAAUUUAAACACUAUGUUAAUCCAUCCAAAUAAAACGAUGUACGGAACAAAAAAGUAAUUAUUGUAAUGAACUAAUAUAACUUUAUAAUAUUAUGUUGCAAAACAAAAAAUAUAGAAAAUGUAAUAAUACAAAAAUUAUAAGGUAUUUAUAUUAUUAAUAACUGGUCGUUGAUUUACCAAUUGAAGCACUUUGUUCAAAACUUAACCCAAAAUUAGCAUUAUUGAGGCGUAUAUUUUAUUAUUUGACAGAUUAAAUGAAACAGUUAUUUUAUAAUUUACGGUUAUUGGAAAUUAUACUUGGAAG